AGAAAAAUAACAGCUUCUGAGCUCUCUCUCUCUCUCUCUCUCUCUCUCUCUCGCCUCCUCUUCAAUGGCAACUCUCAAACCUUAAAUCUAAAAUCAAAUCUUCUUUUCAUAACCUUGCUCUUGUCUUCUCUUCAAUCCAAAAUUGAUAUUGCUAAGGCUGCUUCAAAAUUGAUAUUGCCAAGGAAAAACAAGGAGAAACACAAUGAAACCCUCGUCUCUCCACCACCACCUUAUACUCGCCGUCGCCGUCGUAUUGUUAACUCUCUGGUUGCCGGCGUUGUUCGCCGGAGCUGCCGGCGUUGGCAACCAGCUUCUCAGCUUCAAAGCAGCUCUUCCGGACACGAGCGUCCUCGAAAACUGGUUCGAAAACCAGAACCCUUGCUACUUCUCCGGCGUCAAAUGCGACGGAGCUAGGGUUUCCUCCAUAGACCUUAGCUUAGUCUCACUCGGCACCAAUCUCAGCGGUGGACUGGAAAAUCUGGUUCUGAAAUCGGCGAACCUCAGCGGCUCCAUUUCGCUCCCUCCGGGAUCCAAGUGUGGCUCCUUUCUCGCGUCCAUAGAUCUGUCGCAGAACAGCUUCUCCGGUCCGGUGUCGGACCUCUCAAGCUUCGCUGCUUGCUCGGCGUUGAAGUCUUUGAAUCUGUCGUCGAACUCUCUCGAUUUCUCUCUCAAGGAUAAGGACUUCUCUGCCGGAUUGAGGUUGAGCUUGAAGGUUCUGGAUCUUUCGUUCAACAAGAUUUCGGGUUCCAACGUCGUUCCGUGGAUCUUAUCGCGGAGCAAUUGCAAUGAGAUGAGUCAUCUGUCGCUGAAGGGGAACAAGAUCGCCGGAGAGAUGAGUUUCAUCUCUUGCAAGAGAUUAGAGUUUCUGGACGUUUCGUCGAACAACUUCUCGACGAGUAUUCCGUCGUUCGGAGACUGUUUGGCUCUCGACCACCUCGACCUCUCCGGCAACAAGCUCACCGGCGACGUCGCUAGGGCAAUAUCCAGCUGUGGCCAGCUUGUCUUCCUCAACCUCUCCAGCAACCUCUUCGACGGACCGAUUCCGAGCUUCCCGGUGGAGAAUCUCAAGUUCCUCUCCCUCGCCGUCAAUAGCUUCAGCGGCGAGAUUCCGUUGAGCAUUUUCGAUUCGUGUUCCAGCCUCGUCGAGCUCGACUUGUCGAGUAACGGCCUCGCCGGAUUAGUCCCCGACGCGUUGAGCUCUUGCUCGUCGCUGGAGUCGCUGGAUUUGUCGAAGAACAACUUCUCCGGCGAAUUGCCGAUCGAGACUUUGAUGAAGCUCAAGAAGCUGAAGUCUCUCGCCCUCUCUCACAACCGUUUUUUCGGAAAGCUGCCGGAUUCUCUCUCCGACCUUCCGAGCUUGGAGUCCUUAGAUCUGAGCUCCAACAAUUUCUCCGGCUAUAUCCCCUUUGGGCUUUGCCAAGGCCUCGGAAACAGCUUGAUGGAGCUCUACCUUCAGAACAAUCUCUUCAUCGGAACUAUCCCGGCCUCUCUGAGUAACUGUUCUAACCUCGUUUCUCUCGACCUGAGCUUCAAUUUCCUCACCGGAACUAUCCCUCCGAGCUUCGGCUCGCUCACUAAGCUCCGGGACUUGAUAAUCUGGCUCAACAAUCUCCGUGGAGAAAUCCCGCCGGAGAUUUCCAACAUGAAGUCCCUGGAGAAUCUGAUCCUCGAUUUCAACGAUCUCACGGGCUCAAUUCCGCCCGGCCUUGGAAACUGCACGAGCUUGAAUUGGAUUUCGCUGUCGAACAACAGAUUGAGCGGCGAGAUUCCGAAGGAGCUUGGAAAGUUGCCUUCUCUCGCCAUUCUCAAGCUCAGCAACAAUUCUCUCUAUGGGAGCAUUCCCCCGGAGCUCGGGGACUGUAAGAGCUUGAUAUGGUUGGAUCUCAACACAAAUUUUUUGAACGGAUCGAUUCCGCCGGCGCUGUUCAAGCAGUCCGGCAACAUCGCGGUGAACUUCAUUGCGUCGAAAACGUAUGUCUACGUCUACAUCAAGAAUGAUGGGAGCAAGGAAUGCCACGGGGCGGGGAAUUUGCUCGAGUUCGCCGGGAUUAGGACCGAGCAGUUGAACAGGAUUUCGAUGAGGAACCCCUGCAAUUUCAACAGAGUGUAUAGAGGUAAUAUCCAGCCGACAUUUAACCAUGAUGGGUCCAUGAUUUUCUUUGACCUUUCGCAUAACUUGUUGUCUGGUAACAUCCCCAAGGAGAUUGGGAAAAUGCGGUAUUUGUUGAUAUUGAAUUUGGGCCACAACAAUCUCUCCGGCACGAUCCCGGAGGAGCUCGGCGGGUCGACGAAUCUCAACAUCCUUGAUCUGUCGAGCAACCGGCUUGACGGGACGAUCCCUCAGUCGUUGACUCGGCUCUCUAUGUUGAUGGAGAUUGAUCUGUCCAACAACUUUCUUUCCGGGAUGAUCCCAGAGUCGGCGCAGUUCGAGAGCUUCCCUCCGUACAGAUUUCUCAACAAUUCAGGACUUUGUGGCUACCCUCUUCCACAAUGUGGGGCGGACUCCGGUAAAAACUCAAAUUCGCACCAUCAAAAGUCUCACCGGCAAGCGUCUCUGUUCGGAAGUGUGGCAAUGGGGUUGUUGUUCUCGCUGUUUUGCAUCUUCGGAUUCAUCAUAGUCGCCAUCGAAACCAAGAAGAGAAGGAAGAAGGAGUCGAGUCUCGACGUCUAUAUCGACAGCCGUUCGCACUCGGGCACUGCCAAUGUGACUUGGAAUUUGACCGGUGCCCGGGAAGCCCUGAGCAUCAAUCUUGCCACGUUCGACAAGCCGCUUCGCAAGCUUACUUUUGCCGAUCUUCUUGAGGCCACCAAUGGCUUCCACAAUGACAGUUUGAUAGGGAAAGGCGGUUUCGGAGAUGUGUACAAAGCGCAGUUGAAAGAUGGAAGCACUGUGGCGAUCAAGAAAUUGAUACACAUUAGUGGGCAGGGUGAUAGAGAAUUCACCGCUGAAAUGGAAACUAUUGGGAAGAUCAAGCACCGGAACCUUGUUCCUUUGCUUGGCUAUUGUAAAGUAGGAGAAGAAAGGCUUUUAGUGUACGAGUAUAUGAAGUACGGAAGUUUAGAUGAUGUUUUGCACGACCCAAAGAAGGCUGCGAUUAAGUUAAACUGGUCAGCAAGGAGGAAAAUCGCCAUUGGGGCUGCAAGGGGAUUGGCAUUUCUGCACCACAAUUGCAUCCCGCACAUCAUUCACCGUGAUAUGAAAUCUAGCAACGUUCUUCUGGACGAGAAUUUGGAAGCCAGAGUCUCCGAUUUUGGGAUGGCAAGGCUGAUGAGCGCAAUGGACACGCAUUUGAGUGUCAGCACUCUCGCGGGCACUCCCGGUUAUGUCCCGCCGGAGUACUACCAGAGCUUCAGGUGCUCAACGAAAGGCGAUGUCUAUAGCUACGGCGUUGUUUUGCUCGAGCUGCUCACGGGGAGGCAGCCGACGAAUUCAAGUGAUUUUGGGGACAACAAUCUUGUUGGUUGGGUCAAACAGCAUGCUAAAUUGAAGAUAAGCGACGUUUUUGAUCCUGAGCUCAUGAAGGAGGAUCCGAGCCUCGAGAUCGAGCUCUUGCAGCACUUGAAAGUGGCCUGCGCGUGCUUGGAUGAUCGGCCGUGGCGGCGCCCGACAAUGAUUCAGGUCAUGGCAAUGUUUAAGGAAAUCCAAGCGGGGUCUGGGAUUGAUUCACAAUCCACCAUUGCCACGGAGGAUGGAGGUUUCGGUUCGGUUGAGAUGGUAGAUAUGAGCAUAAAAGAAGCCCCAGAACUAAAUUGCAAGCAGUGAGAACGAGAGGAAAAAAAAGGGAAAAGUUUGGACCAAAA